CAUACGUGGAACCCAUUACUCCUCUUUUACUAAGGAUCCUCUGAAAACUCAAAGCCAACAUCUUUAUUUGAGUCUUGGAUCUGAACUGGAAUUCCAGGCUUUAAAUUUUGGAAAUGACUUCAUCUGAAAGGUUGUUCAACAGGAAAAGAACACUUCAUGAGAUCCUUGGAGGAGGUCUUGUUGCAGAUGUGAUUCUGUGGAGGCAGAAAAAUGUGACUUUGGGGAUACUGCUAGUAACUUUAUCUGUUUGGGUGGUGUUUGAGAAGUCUGGUUACACUCUGCUGUCACUUGGCUCAAGUGUUCUCCUCCUCCUCAUGACCACUCUCUUUCUCUGGGCUAAAUCCGCUGCCAUUCUUAACCGACCAGCUCCUCCCCUGCCUAAAUUGCAUUUAUCAGAAGAAAUGGUAAACGAAAUGGCCUCUUUCAUCCGCAUUCAUGUAAACGCUUUGCUCUCAGCUUUCCAAUAUAUUUCUCUGGGAAAGGACUCAAGGUCGUUCUUCAAAGUAGCUGCAUCCCUCUUGGUGAUUUACCUUGUUGGUGGCUUGACUGAUUUUCUUACUUUGAGCUACACCAGUCUUGCGAUCGUUCUAACAGUUCCAGCGCUCUACGAGAGGUGUGAAGAUUACGUGGACAAAUAUGUCAUGAUGGGGUACCGGAAAUUGCUGCAGUUGUACGUUAAACUAGAUUAUGAGUAUGUAAACAGAUUUCAACACGAGGAUUUGGAGAAGAAGAAGCUAAGUUGAUUUGUCUUCUCUCAUUUAAUACCUUUUUUGAAUUUCCUUUCGGGUUAAGGUCACGAGAGUGCUAAGGCGAGGCGUCUGAGUGUGGUUGAAUCUUUUUUUAUUUUGUUCCUUGCAAGACAAUGUAGGUUUGAGUGAAGUUGCAAGGAGGUGGUGUUUGAGAGAUAUUGCAGAAAUGUCCUGUCAAAGUGCCAUGAGUUUUUGUAAUCUAAUGCUGAGUUUAUACCA